UGCCACAACAACCGGCGCACACGGGCUCUGCUUUGGGGGCCAAGUGUCCUGCAGCGCCAAGACUCAUUCUUGUACACCCAGUUCUCUGUGCUCGUUGCUUACAUUUUAUAGAGUUUCUUAUCCUUUUUUGUUUUGCCUAAUCAUUGACCACCGAUUGGGCCGAGGAUGCCGUGCUUCUCCGCCUCCAAUGUGCGGUUCGUCAGCGCCGAGUCGCAGCUGAAGGAGAAGUGCCAGGAGCUGCGGUCGCGGGCCAGAGCGCAGACGGCCGCGUACCGUCCGCCGCCAGGGGGAUUUCGACCCUCCACCUCCAGCCAUGCCUGUGUCUCCUUCCGGAGGCCCUUCGACCAGUCGGCGGCCUACGACCAGAAGCAGCUGAAGCAGAACGAGCGCGAGAGGAAGCGCAACCAGGGAUCGAAGCACAUCGUGCUGCGACCCAACGAUCUGCGGCGACUGAAGGACCAGGGCAGGGUGGUGACCGUGCAGGAGAAGCUGCAGGAGAUCGAUCAGAAGGAGGAGGACCACCGCCAGCAGCUCCAGCUGGUGGAGGAGACCAGGAGGCGCUACAAGGCCAUCGAUAAGGCGCGACAGGCAGUGGCCGGGGAGGACAAGAUCAGCAGCGUGGACACCGAGAUUCUGGAGGAGAAGGGUUCGGUGCUGAGCCGCGCCUUCCUGGCCAAGCAGGAGCAGGAGGAGGAGGUGAAGCAGAUCAAUCGCAUGAUUCUCGAUGCCAAGUGCAAGGCGGUGAGGGAGGCCCAGAUCCAGGAGAAGCAUCUGCUGGCCAAGGCCCUGCGGGAGGACGACGAGCGCCUGGCCCGAAUGGUCAACGAGCAGGCGCGCAAGGCCCUGAGCGCCGAGGAUGAACGGGAGCGGCUGGAGAUCGAGAAGCGGGCCAAGUACGCCCAGGAGAUCCGGCAGCAGCUGACCGAGCGCGAGAACCUUCGCUACCUGGAGGCCAAGCGGGUGGCCGAGGAGGCAAAGGACAUCCGCAAGGCCACCGAGCUUGUGCGCGAGGAGGAGGAGCGCCAGCGCAACUUUGUCCACGUCCGCAAGCAGCGCUUCCGCGAGGAGCUGCAGCGGAUCCGCGACAUGUCCAAUGUGUUCAAGACCAUGCUGACGGAGCAGGAGCGCCUGGCCGACCUCCGGGUGAUGGCCUACAUGCGCGAGAAGCAGGAGAAGGAGCGCCAGCUGAAGGAGCUGAAGCGGCUGGCCAAGAAGGAGUUCGAGCGCCGACAGCAGCGCAUCUUCACGGUGGCCGCCGAGGCCAUGGAGACGCGCCACACCAACGAGGAGCUCAAGUACUUGAAGGAGCGCGACCGUGUGGAGCGCGAGUACCGGCAGCGGGAGAAGGACGCGGCCAUGGCCAAGCGGGAGACGGAGCGGGACCUGCUCGAGUCGCGCGCCCAGCAGGCCCAGGAGAUGAAGCACCGCCUGGCCCUGGAGAUCGCCCACGCCGAGGAGGAGUUCAACAAGGUGAUGGACCGCAUGCGCGAGGAGGAGGACAAGCAGAAGGCGCUCGAUCGCCAGCGCGACUCCCAGCGCCAGGCCUACCGCAAGGACCUCAAGCAGCAGAUGACCGACAAGGCGGAGGAGCGCCGUCGCCUGGCAAAAAUCGAGGCCGCUCGCGUCCAGAAGUGGCUCGACCAGGAGCAACAGCGCGACACCAACAUCAAGCAGGUGAUCAGCUCCAAGAUCGCGGCCAUGCGGGAGAACUGCCUGCCCGAGAAGUACUUGAAGGAGGUGGAGAAGCAGCUGAAGAACAUCCAGGGCUCGCGCAAUCGGAUACGCUGAGGGGGUCCGGACCCCGGUCCGAAGGGAGGGCCAAGAGCUUGCAUAGCUUCGGGCGCCAGCUGGGAGCAGUAGUGGGCUUCCAGCCCGCUGCCCAAGAGUAUGCAGGAGCGUAGGUCAAGCUGGUCCCACUACCAAUACCACCAAGCACCUGGCAGGAGGGGAAAUUCACAGCGAAUAAAUGAAUGGGGCAAACCUUA